GCAGCCCCGCCGCAGACCGGAGGACCGGAGGACCGGAGCCUCUCCGGGAGUUUUUACCCGCAGCAGCGGCGCCGCCCCGGACAGGUGAGAGGAGUCCAGCCGCUGCCAGGUGCACUGAUUGGGAUUGCGCGCGUCCGUUACGCACCGGCGGGAGACUAUGGGAACACUGGGAGCCUGAGCCGCCCCAGUCCGACACCGCAUCUCCACCGAGUUCCGUCCGCAGCUCCGACCAUGUUCCAGCACGGCAGCGGCAAGAAGUGCUUCACCAUCGAGUCUCUGGUCGGGAAGGAGGCGAGCGGCUCCGGGGACGAGCCCAUCCGGCCCACGGCGCUGCGCUUCCCGGAGUCCCUGCACCCUUCAGCCGCCGUUGCAGCAGCAGCAGCAGCCGCCGGGGUGUUCGGCUUCCAGGGCGGCAGCGGCCGGACUCUGUUCUCCGCGGGGCCCGACAUGGUGCUGCAGGAGCCCGGGACGCACACGCAGGGCCCCGGCGGGCUGCCGCUGCACCCGCUGCAGAUCCCUCCGCAGAGCUUCUUCAGCCCGCAGCACCGGGACGCGCUGAGCUUCUACCCCUGGGUGCUGCGGAGCCGCUACCUGGGACACCGCUUCACAGGGGACGACAGCAGUCCAGAGAACCUGCUGCUUCACGGUCCGUUCUCCAGGAAACCCAAACGGAUCCGGACGGCGUUCUCGCCCUCCCAGCUGCUGCGACUGGAGCGAGCCUUCGAGAAGAACCACUAUGUGGUUGGAGCUGAGAGGAAGCAGCUGGCCAGCGGGCUGUGUCUGACCGAGACGCAGGUGAAGGUUUGGUUCCAGAACCGCCGGACGAAGCACAAGCGCCAGAAGCUGGAGGAGGAGUCGCCCGAAGCUCAGCAGAAGAGGAAGGGAAGCCAACACGUUAGCCGCUGGAGAGCAGCGACGCAGCAGCAAGCUGGUGGUGAGGACGUGGACGUCAUCAGCGAGGACUAAACGAGGACGCCGCCCAGCCGCCGCACAACACUGCACUGUCACAAACACACACGACGACCGCCAUGAAGUCAAAGUCUGAGCUGCAUUCAGGCGCCUUUUACGCGUUCAAAACAAGCAGAAGAUGCGCCGCAGCAGCUUCGCAAAUGUUAGCAUCAGACCCGACUCUGUCAUCAAAUCUGAUUUAUUUUUCCUAUUUACCAAAAAAGUAAAGUUUACUUUUAAUGCAGUGUUUUACUGAAAGUAGAACUGCAGACUUUCUUUUAAACAAAGUCAAACUGAAAGAUCUAGACUCUAAAAGGGACAAUAAUUUCGAGUAAUAUAAUGAAGCUAUCAUUAAACACAACCUGGAGCAGAGGAGAUGCACGAAAAGGUUAGCAAAUAAAAAUAACCAAUAGAGUUAACAUCCUGCUCAAGUCACACAUAAAAAUACCAAAUUCGAGGUUUUAAUACAUUUUAAAGGAUGUUUGCUGGAGGAAACUGACAUCAGAACCUACAGAAAACCCUGAAAACACAAACAGAACGCUCAAAAAUACCAACAAGACGCUAACAAACACCAACACGAUGCUAACAAACAUCUACACGAUGCUCAAAAACACCAAGACGCUAAAACAUCAACACGAUGCUUAAAAACACCAAUAAGACGCCAAGAAACACUAACAUAACGUUAACAAACACCAACCCAACGCUAACAAAGACCACCACAGCGCUAAUAAACCCCAACACGAUGCUCAAAAACACCAACAAGACGCUAACAAACACCAACCCAACGCUAACAAAGACCACCACAGCGCUAACAAACCCCAACAUGAUGCUUAAAAACACCAACAAAACGCUAACAAACACCGACACAACGCUAACAAAGACCACCACAGCGCAAACAAAUCCCAACAUGAUGCUAAAAAAACAAUAAGAUGCUAACAAACCCCAACAUGAUGCUUAAAAACACCAACAAAACGCUAACAAACACCGACACAAUGCUAACAAAGACCACCACAGCGCUAACAAAUCCCAACAUGAUGCUAAAAAAAACAA